CUUCCCUUUGGUUGCCCACCCAACAGUUUUACUAAGUACAUUUGACCUGUCUGCUGGUGACUGUCUGGUAAGGAGAGCCAUCAUCACUAAGAAGAGAUGCGUGGGACCCCAUGGGCAUUUCUGCCUCUUGCUUGCUGCUGGCUUAGAGAGACCAGUCAGUGUCUUCUGUCCAAACAAGAUCAUCUCAUCUCUCAGUUUGUGAUCUGGGAUUGAUUUUGUGGGAAGGAUUAGAAAUUAGCAUCUGUGUUUCAAGAAGCAUAAUUCUCAUCUGCUUUUGAGUGUAUUUUUCCAUUCAAUGUAUAUUGAUAUCCCAGUCUGAUAGGACUUCAGUUACAAGGAAAGUGAGAUCAAAGCUCAUUCCCCAAAUUCCUUGUUGGCCAUUGCUUUCAGAUUCUUUCUGUUUUGCCUUCGAAUUAAACAUCUGAUUCCGAGAUGCAGGAGGAGUGGGGCCAGAUAAUAUGGGUUUAGGGCUACUGGAGGCCCUAAAUGAAAAGUCACCGUAUUUUUUUAAGAUUCUAAAGUUGUAUUAGCUUUCUCUUGUCUUGGCUCUAAAAAUAGCCAAGCUUUUAAAUGAACUCUUUGGUGAGAGCAUUUCUUUCUCCAAAGAAAUUGAUUCUCACAUUAAUGUUUUCUAGUGUCUUUUUCCCAGUGGGCUGGGGACCGGGUUUGCAGGUUUCUGGGUUGAUGUCUUGCUGCAUAAUGCUGCAAGUGACAUCAGUUGGCUAUGGUGCCCUAAAAUAGGUCUGUUCCUCAAAGCUCUGGGAGUCUGAGUGGAAGAAGAGGCAGAGGUUAACAGAACAAAAUCCUGUGGGGCAACUUGCUUAUGAGCACUUUUGUGGCUAGCACUUAACAGCCAUAGGAAAUAAAUAUUAUGUAUAGACCUUUGCCUAGAGGUGGAAAGUAGAUAGACAGAAAAUCAUUAGGUAAUUUAAGUGCUAAAUUGGGUAGAGUUUUUAGUAUCCAAUCACUUCUAGACAGUCUAAUUUGUUAAAUUCUCACAGGAUGGUGAUUUAUAACCUACCUAGAGUUAUGAAUAUUCUUAGUGAGCUCAGACUUAGAGCUCUGUGAGAGACAUUUAGCUAAAUAAGUGUUCUAAGUCUGUGGUCCCCAUAUCUGAUCAAAACCACCUGGAAAGUUUGUUUAAAGAUUUUAAAAUAAAAUGUUUUAAGAUUAGUUUCCCAGUCUGACCUACUAAAUCAAAAUGUCCAGGAGUGAAAUCUGGGGAUUCAUUGUUGUUAUUUUCAAAACUUCCCAGGCAAUUCUGAUCAGGCCAGUUUGGAAACCACAGCUGGAGAAUGUGGUAAAAAUGCAGAGAUCCAGGCCUUCCCAAUGAAAUGUUCCUGGGCUUCUGUAGGCUCCAUUAGUUCUCUAGGUGAUUUUGACACACACCAGACUGGGGCUUCCCAGGUGGCACUAGAGGUAAAGAACCCGCCUGCCAGUUCACUAGACAUAAGAGAUGAGGGUUGGAUCCCUGGGUCAGGAAGAACCCCUAGAGGAGAAAAUGACAACCCUCUCCAGUAUUCUUGCCUGGAGAAUCUCAUGGACGAGGAACCUGAUGGGCUACAGUCCAUAGGGUUGCACAGUCUGACGUGACUGAAGUGACUUAACACGCAUGCGUGCAGACUGAAAACCACUCUCCUAAGAGAUCAGAAGCCAGAUAUCAGAGCCUUUGGUGGUUUGUUUUUAAUACCAGUUGUUAUAAAUUUUGCUCAGUCUUUUUAGACCUUCAAGUUCUCUUUUGUAUUACCCAUUCCAGAUAGAGUUUUUAUUACAAUAAUUCUGAAAAUAAUAGUGGAAGAACAAGUUCUCUGUGAAAAGAAAAUUGAUUUUUAUUCACUGAUUUGAACCCCUGCAAAAUCACAAAUAAAUGGGAAGUAAGUGUUGUAUUCAUGGUAGUUAUUGACCUUCAAUAUGAGUUUGUUAAAGUGUUAUUUUAUACUGAUAAGAGUAUUGUGGAAAUGGAGACUUUUUAAAAUACCUUCUUUAAAAUGAAGGUAAGUGUUAUUUUGUUCAUCUGUUAAUUUACUACUACCAGUUGCCUUGUUCCAAUUAAGUGAUGUAACUUCUCAAAUACUGCUUGGAAAUGUGACCAUUUAAAAAAAAAAUUGAAUAUGUUUUCUUUCCCACUUGCUGACUCAGGAUAUUUCUGCCUUUUCUAGCAUUGCUAGAGGCUGGCCUACCAGCCCUUCUGGAUUUUCUCUCCCAACUGGUGAACAUUAUGGCCCUGAAACCAAUUAAGAAGAAAGUGAAAUAUAAUUCCUCUCCAUAUCCCUAACUGUAAAGAAAAGAGAAAGAAAAAGAUAAGGAAGAAAAAAUAUUUACAUGAUUAGAAAUGUGAUUAUAUUAAAAAUAAUUAGAUCUUAUCAUUUGGAUGCUACCUCUUGGGUAAAACUGUUUGGAACAUGGAUAUCAUUGUAGCCCUUCCCUAGAGAAAUUUCCAUAUUUGAGACAAGAUUCCCCUUCACUUAUCCAGCUAGUCUGUGGCCAAGAAGAAAACAUAAGCAUUCCCUGCAGAGUGGUCUAAGAGAUAUGAGGAAGGGCUGAGAACAGAGCUGUGAGGUUGUGACUGCCCUGGCUUGCUAUUUUGAACAGAAUAGCUGAGUGAUCAAACAAGCUGGGAAAGGAACCACAGGUCACGGAAGGCCCCUCAGCAGCAAGUGAUGGUGUGCUCUUCUGUGCUAUAAUGAGCCAGGGUUCCUCUGAGAUGAUUUCUCUAACUCAGCAAUAGCUGCGGACUAUUUGGGUUCUUCAUUUUCUCUAUUUGGGUUCUUUCUUAUCUCCAGAUUUAACUCUUUUCCUUAGCUGGUCUGUAUUCUGUCCUCAGAACACUGUCCCAUCUAACAGAAGGCUCUUCCUGCCUUUUAUACUUUUGUAGGCAGUGGCCAAGGUUAGCAGAUGUAAAAAUUUCCUUGAUAGAUAUUCUGUACAAUUCAGUGAUUAGAUUGCUCAAGGAAAUAAACUUAAGUGCCCUUUUCUCCUUCACCCCCUUGGUUCACUAUGUAUAGGAAGAGGCCCCAGCUGUGUACAAGACUCAUUUAUUAAAGGCAAAUACCCCCCUGCUGCAAAUUGGAAUAGGUAGAAAGCCAGUCAAAAAUGUGCAUUGGAAAGAACUCUACAUGUAUCUUUGACUUGAGAAUAUAUCUACGCAUGAUCUUUGUUGUUGUUAGAAAAACCCUGCCCCCUCUUUGGCUUUCAAGCGUAAUCUGAAUUCUGUUCAGUUUUAUCUGCAGUUUUAGUAUAAUAAUGGUAUCGUUCUGCUUUAGGUUUCUCCAGGGAGAUAGAAGUAAUAAGAUACAGAUAUGUAUGUAUGUAUGUAUAUGAAUAUGUGUGUGUAUAUAUGUAAAGGGAUUUAUUAUAAGAAUUUGUCUCGUGUGAUUAUGGAGGCUGGCCAGCCUGAACCUGUGGAGCUGAUGCCCCAGUUCAAGUCCCCAGACUGGCAGACUGGAAGAGCUGAUGUUCCUGUUCAGAGACCGUCAGACAGGAGAAUUCUCUGCUAUUCAGGAUGGGGUGUCAACCUUUUGUUCUGUUCAGGUCUUCAACUGACUGGAUGAGCCCUACCUACAUUAGAGAAAGCAAUCUGCCUUAUGGCAUCUACCAAUUUUAUCACAAGACACUGAAUAGUUUCCUGUACUACACAGUAAGACCUUGUUUUUUAUUUUAUAUAUGCAAGUACAGGGAUUUUAUGCUCAAAAUUCUCCAAGUCAGGCUUCAACAAUAUGUGAACCGUGAACUUCCAGAUAUUCAAGCUGGUUUUAGACAAGGCAGAGGAACCAGAGAUCAAAUUGCCAACAUCCCCUGGAUCAUUGAAAAAGCAAGAGAGUUCCAGAAAAACAUCUAUUUCUGCUUUAUUGACUACGCCAAAGCCUUCAACUGUGUGGAUCACAAUAAACUGUGGAAAAUUCUGAAAGAGAUGGGAAUACCAGACCACCUGACCUGCCUCUUGAGAAACCUGUAUGCAGGUCAGGAAGCAACAGUUAGAACUGGACAUGGAACGACAGACUGGUUCCAAAUAGGAAAAGGAGUACGUCAAGGCUGUAUAUUGUCACCCUGCUUAUUUAACUUAUAUGCAGAGUACAUCAUGAGAAACGCUGGGCUGGAAGAAGCACAAGCUGGAAUCAAGAUUGCUGGGAGAAAUAUCAAUAACUUCAGAUAUGCAGAUGACACCACCCUUAUGGCAGAAAGUGAGGAUGAACUAAAAAGCCUCUUAAUGAAAGUGAAAGAGGAGAGUGAAAAAGUUGGCUUAAAGCUCAACAUUCAGAAAACUAAGAUCAUGGCAUCUGGUCCCAUCACUUCAUGGCAAAUAGAUGGGCAAACAGUGUCAGACUUUAUUUUUUUGGGCUCCAAAAUCACUGCAGAUGGUGAUUGCAGCCAUGAAAUUAAAAGACACUUACUCCUUGGAAGGAAAUUUAUGACCAACCUAGACAGCAUAUUAAAAAGCAGAGACAUUACUUUGCCAAAACAGAAAGGUCCAUCUAGUCAAGGCUAUGGUUUUUCCAGUGGUCAUGUAUGGAUGUGAGAGUUGGACUGAGAGGAAAGCUAAGCACCGAAAAAUUGAUGCUUUUGAACUAUGGUGUUGGAGAGGACUCUUGAGAGUCCCCUGGACUGCAAGGAGAUCCAACAAGUCCAUCCUAAAGGAGAUCAGUCCUGGGUGUUCAUUGGAAGGACUGACGCUGAAGCUGAAACUCCAAUACUUUGGCCACCUCAUGCGAAGCGUUGACUUGGAAAAGACCCUGAUGCUGGGAGGGAUUGGGGGCAGGAGGAGGAGGGGAUGACAGAGGGUGAGAUGGCUGGAUGGCAUCACUGACUCGAUGGACAUGAGUUUGAGUAAACUCUGGGAGUUGGUGAUGGACAGGGAGGCCUGGCGUGCUGCAGUUCAUGGGGUCACAACGAGUCGGACACGACUGAGCGACUGAACUGACUGACUGAACUGACAGGGAUUUUAACAGCCAUUCCAUUUUCAACUGUUGUUGCCAGUCCAACUCUUUGUGACCCUGUAAUAAUGAGAGCUGGGGAAGAAAUAAUAAAAUAAUAAAAAUAAUAAAGAAAUAAUAAAAUAAUAAUGCUUAUGUAUUUUUCAAUUAGAAAAAAAUAUUAAAAAAACAAUUAAACCCUUUAACAGUUCUCCAACAAGAUGAAGUUCAGAUGCCCCAGCAUGGCCUAUAGAGUUCUUCCUGAUUUACCCUUUCUCCAAUCUUAUUUUCUCAUAGUCCUGUGCUCUCCUCCAUCCAUCCGCUCUCUACCCCAGUGCCACCCCUCCGUACCCCGUACCACAGCUCUAGGUCUAACAUCCAUCUACUGUCCUUACAGCAAGCUCUGCUGUUUAGUGAAUGCCCCCACACAUUCACUUUAUUCUGUCUAAGAAUGCAUUUC